CGGGAGAUUUUCAAUACUUUCUCAACAAAUGUUAAAGUGAUUUUUUCUAUCUUUGAAUAUGGAUACUACAGCUAGAAGAAGGAAAGUCAGACAAACUGUAAUUAGCCAAACUGAAAGUGAACUUUAUAACCAUGAUGUUUAUAUGUAUAAGGACCAUCCUCAGCAUAAUAUCCCUUUACAUGAAUUUGAAGAACUGGCAUUAGAAAGACUACAACUGUUACGAAUAAUAGAAGAGGCUUCUCUCAGGGGCCACAAACAGUUCUCAGAGGAAUGGAGAAAAUCAAUCAAUGAAGACCUUGCUAAACAUGGUUUGAAAAAAUAUAUGAGAUUAAUGAGAGGUGCUAAUGGAAAAAGUGAGCUAGAUGUUCAAGCAAGAAGAGCGGACCAUCUUUCCCACUACAUUUUACGCUUGGCGUAUUGCAGAUCAGAGGAUCUACGGAGAUGGUUUCUAAGUAGAGAGUUGGAGUGGUUCAAACUAAGAUUUAUUAUUCAGACUCCCCAAAGUAUCACCCAAUUUUUAGAGCUCAAUAAUUUAACAUACCAGCAUAUUUCUACAGAAGAAAGAGAUCAGCUUAAAAAUGAUUUGAUUUUGUCUACCCCAGGUAUGUCUAAUGUUUCUUGUGAUGCAAGCGACAUCUAUAAAGUAAAUUUCAGUGAAGUCUUGCCACUGGUCAAGAACAGGAGGGUUUAUCUUCAUCGAGGUUAUGCAUACAUACUCACUAGCGAUUUGAUAGUUUGUGUUCAGUCCAAAUUUAGAGCAAGUCUCAAUGAAGCGCUGAAUAUAUACAGCCAUCGACUGUCAUCCAUUGAUGAUGAUCGACUGAAUUCCUUGUUAACCAAUCUACACAAUGCUUACACUGGUAGAAAUUACAUACAUGAAAGCGAUAAGGAGGGUAUUGACCCAGCUAGUCUGGAUAUCUAUGCAAAGAAGAAUUUCCCGUUAUGCAUGAGUCAUUUGCACCAUGUUUUCAAGAGCAGUCACCACCUCAAACAUUAUAGUAGAUUACAGUAUGGAUUGUUUUUAAAAGGAAUAGGCCUCUUAUAUGAAGAUGCCAUGGAAUACUGGAGACAGGAGUUCACCAAAAAAAUUGACAAUGAAAAGUUCGACAAAGAAUAUUCUUACCUGAUCAGACAUAUGUAUGGAAAAGCGGGAGGUAUGACGGAUUAUUCUCCUUAUAGCUGCAUGAAAAUCAUUAUGGGUUCUGUUGGGACGGGUGAACACCAUGGGUGUCCUUUCAAGCAUUGGGACUCCAGUAUUUUGAAGCAAAAAAUAGUUGAACAGGGAAUAAGUUCAGAAGGUGUGAAUUCUGUGUUGGAAAUGGCUUCUGAUGGACAUUAUCAAAUUGCCUGCACCAAGUAUUUCGAGUGUAUCCAUGGACAAGCACCAUCUACAGCAAUAAACCAUCCAAACCAAUAUUUUGCGGAAAGUACGAGUUUAGCAAAGGAAAAAGAACAAAAGAGAAGUUAGUUUUUAUGUGUGUGACUUACUUGUUUACUAUUAAAGAUUUUAAAUAUUCA